CUUUCGGCAAAGCUCCCAAGUACUUGCUGGUUGUAAUAUCUGCUUUGCUGUUUAGGAGAGCCUCUUCUGCUUACCAUGGCUCUGCAACGUCUACGACAGCUUUCUUCGCAUCUUACGGGUGCCUCAGCUACAGGCUUGACUGCAUUGGAACAGAAACAUCCAGAUGAUGUGGUCAUAACAAUGGCCAUCCGCUCUCCGUUGACCAAAUCGAGGAAGGGUGCUUUGAAAGACACGUUGACGGAUGAGCUUUUAUUGGAAAUGUUCAAGCAUGUAAUAGCUCAGUCUCAUGUCGAUCCGAGUGCUGUUGGCGACAUCUGCGUAGGCACAGUGCUCACCCCUGACCCAGUUUAUCAUGCCAGAGAAGCGGCGCUGGCAGCAGGUUUCCCGGAAUCCGUACCAAUUCAAGUUGUCAACCGCUUUUGCUCCUCCGGUCUCAUGGCAGCAACUGUCAUCUCAAAUCAAAUCCGCUCUGGCCAGAUUGAGAUUGGACUUGCUGUCGGUGCUGAGUCCAUGUCCCAAAACCCUGACAAAGGUGCUCCUCCUCAGUCCGAGGCUCUUGGAGUAAAUACUGCUGCUAAGGACUGUCUUAAUCCCAUGGGUUGGACCAGCGAGAAUGUUGCUCAAGAUUUUGACAUCUCGCGGGAGAUCAUGGACGAAUUCUCGGCGAAAUCAUAUCAACGGGCUGAACACGCUGAGAAAGCUGGUUACUUUGCAAAGGAGAUCGUUCCAUUCACUGUUUACGAGAAAGAUCCUGCUAGUGGUGAACGGAGGAUGGUUGUAGUUACAAAGGACGAUGGCAUCCGUUAUGGCACGACGAAAGAGAAUCUUUUGAAGAUUCGGGCAGCAUUCCCUCAGUGGGGCAAAUCACGCACGACGGGUGGGAACGCAAGCCAAAUCACUGAUGGUGCAGCAGCAAUUAUGAUGAUGACUCGGCGAAAGGCGGAGGAGCUUGGGCUUGAAAUUCUAGGCAAGCAUAUCACUACCGCUGUUGCAGGCUGCCCUCCUCGUGUGAUGGGCAUUGGCCCUGUGGUUGCCAUCCCUAUGGCUCUUCAAAACGCCGGGCUGAGCAUAGAAGAUGUUGACCUGUUUGAAAUUAACGAAGCGUUCGCUUCGCAGUACGUCUACUGCAUCCGGGAGCUCGGUCUGAACCCAGAGAAAGUGAACGUUAAUGGAGGUGCCAUAGCCUUUGGGCAUCCAUUAGGUUGCACUGGAGCGAGACAGAUUGUUACAGGAUUAAAUGAGCUCCAGCGGAGAAAGGGAAAGGUGUUGGUCACUUCUAUGUGUAUUGGGACUGGAAUGGGUGCAGCGGCUGUCUUUGUCCGGGAAUGAAAAGGAGAUAGAUAUUUUUACCGUUGAGACAUGGUAUCCAUGGAUGGCUAAUCCGCGUGAUGCCGUGUUCUAAAUUGGUGGUCCGACGAAUAUACAAGUGUUCCUGUUCCA